AUGUCACCAACCAUCUUCGAAGACAAAGCUCCCAAUGUAGCAGCCGCCAUCAUCAUUCUCGUAGCCAUUUCCGCCGUCGUCUUUCCUCUGAGGAUUUAUACGAGAAUUAAACACAAGGCGUUUGGGUGGGAUGAUUUUACUAUGUGUUGUGCUGCGGUCCCGUUUGGAGCUCUCAGUGUCUUUUGUCUUGGAGCAGCUUUUCUUGGAGUGGGAGUACACAAGUGGAAUCUCGAUGAGGAGAAGAGUGAACGUGCCAUGAUGUGGUUCUUCUUCUUCGAAAUCUUCUUCUGCAUAGCCAUCAUCCCCAUCAAACUCAGCAUCUCCCUCAUGCUCAUGCGCGUCGCCGGUCCAAAGAAAAAUUACACAUAUGCUCUCUGGGGAAUGGCCUCACUCUUCAUUCUCGCCAACACAAUUUCUUUUUUGUACAUUCUCUUCCGUUGCACACCGAUUAGUUUUGCCUGGAAUACCAAAACUCCCGGAGGAAGUUGUUUACCGAGUCGCGAUCUCGCGGAUGUGUAUUAUGCGGAUACGGCGGUGAAUAUUUUGACGGAUUGGUUUUGUGCUUUAAUUCCCCUCCCCCUCCUCUACACCCUCCAACUCAACCUCAACGCCAAACUCUCCGUCGGCUUCCUCCUCUCGCUCGGAAUUCUCGCAUCCCUCUCAGCUUGCAUCCGACUCAAAUACACCGUCAAUCUCAACAAUUCCGACGAUUAUCUCUACAGUGUCGCAGACGUCAUGAUUUGGGGAUACGCCGAAAAUGGCGUCGGAUUUAUCGUCGGAUGUGUUUCGACUUUACGGCCGUUGUUUCGUGAGAUGUUUUCUCUCGGCGGUGGGAAUCAUAGUGGCGGUGGGGGGAGUGAGACGGACUUGGAGGAGCUGGAUCUGGAGCAGCAGGAAGAGGAGUGGGAAAACCCUCUUUGA